AAUUAUUUUCCUAUUGAUGUCCCCGGAAUUGUUUUAUUGCUGGUGUGUCUGUUGAGUUAGCACAGAGGUUAAGGAAGGACGGGGUUCAGUGACCCCUGACAAGAUGCAAGACAUGAGAUCGGGGUUAAUAAAAUCAGUUAUCUAUCGAUACCCACGCCCCCCAACCAACACACACACACACACACACACACGUACGAUCGCGCGCAUGCACCUACGCACAUACAUACCUGCAGAGUCCUGGUGAUGUUUUGAGUGGGAUGCGGCCUAGUGUGUUUAUGAUACAGAUAAUGAUCGCACCACGCAGCGUUAAGGAGAAGGCUGAAAGGAUCGUUUGAUCAUAAGAGCAUACGCUCUAAUGUGUAAAUGAGCAGCAAGUUUGAGCGGGAGAGGAUGCGUUUUUCUCAGCCUCAUGUAAUUUGAUGCAUCAAUUAAUAAAUAGUAGUGGUGUAACAUAUCGUAUUAUAAUAUUAUCAGAAAUGUCACGCUGGGAAUGGGGGGGACCUACUCCUCUACAACAUGUAAAGAUAUAGAAUAGAGCUACGCUAAGAGAUUUUAAAAAUGGUUUAAGGUUUUUGACACAGUAGGUGACAGCUCAGAAGACAACCCAGAACUUUAUAACCUUAUAGCAGAAACGCUCCUCAGUCCGGUUAGAUUUUUAAAAAAUGCCAGAAAAAUGCCAUUUACAACAAAGAUUCGACAGGAGCUACCACGUCGCAUUAUCCAAUCGUCAUUGUUAGGAUGGCUGCUAAUAAUAUCGGUGAGUUCUCUAUUUUAUAAGUAGAGCAUGCACAUACAUGUUUCGGACUAUCUUAAUUUCAAUGUUUUUUAAUAUCAUAGAUGUGAAUGAAGAGGUUCUUUAUUUCGACUAGAUCUUAUUCUGGAUGAAAUAAGUAAGUAUCAUUUCGCUCUCCAUUAAAAAAAAAAAAAAAAAAAAAAACAUGAUUAAUAAAUAAUCUAUUAAAUAAUGUGUUUUUUUCUUUUCUUUUUUUUUUCUCAGUUGAUGAUGCAUUUCUUAGGGGUGCUGCGGUUCAUGAUGUCUUGCAAGGUAGUCAUAUGGACAAACAAUUUAUUCUUUUCAAUGCUAUCGAGAGAUUUUUCUAUUGUUCAUAAGCAUAUGCUUGUAAUUUUCUCAACAGAAGAAGUAGUGUCGAUUGAAUUCCCCGCCGGGGACUAUGAACAGCCGAUCUCCAUCAGAGGCCCUGAAAACAACGCCUCCAACAUACCUCCACCUCCUCCUCCCGAAAAAACAGUUGGCGAGAAGCGUUGUGACUCUGUCCCGACGCAUUCGCAACAGGGCACCGGCGUGAUUGCGUCUACCAGGCCUGUGUCAGGGCGUGGAGAAAAGCGACUCCGAGAGUUGUACGGAGAACAAGCAGUACCUUUACCUACACAAUACAACGGAGAUGGUGACGAUGCCAUUCCGUCCACAUCAGGAUGUGGGAGGAAGAGGCUUAGGGAGGUCUACGGAAGCGACCGUCCUCUGCCAAAAGAAGGGUGUUUAAGCACGUCGGUGGAUAUAGACCAAGAUUACGACGAGAGAGGUCUAACAUUAUACGUGGAAUCCCAGGAGGAGGCUUGCAACAAUUUCGAUUCUGAUUCAAGCUUGGAUGAGGACGAUACAGGAUCUCUUUUUAACGAACAACAUCUGCCACAACUCAGCUAUUCUAUGAUGAACAAGAUCAACCGGAAUUUUAAACGAAUUUUGAAUUUAGCUUGCCUGCCUUUAUCAUAUCAAGAGGUCGAAGAGAUUGUACGCUCUUCACAGACCGAUGUGAUAUCCAUCCUACAGAAUAUAAUAGCGUGUCAACAACAGCACACCAUCGCCCUAAGCCACGCUGCCGAUUUCUGGAUGAACGCGCAUAAUCAGCUUCUGGAUGAAAACAGACAACUGCAGGCUAUGCUCUCAGAAGUAAGGGGAGAACAACAGCUUUCCGUUGUUGCGUUAAGUCUAAUGUCUGAACGCUUAAAUAUCAUUCAAAGGGUGUUAUUGGAUUUACAAAAUAUCAUUAUGGGGAGGGAUAGAUGAUGAUGAUGAGAUAAUACUUAAUUCUACAUGUUGACUGUUUUGUUUUUGUUAUCGAUAAUUUUGUAUGCAUGUGUUUAAGUGUUUGUUUAUAAUCUGAAAGUCAUUCGCUAUUUUUGGUACCGAUGGUAUGCUAUUUACUGAUACUGAAUUUACUGAAUUGUGCUAUAUUUUGAUAUGUAUUUUGUAACUUCUAACGUUUUAUAAUUGUGUG